AUGUCCAGUCAAGCUGGUUGGGACUCGGUCAGGGGCAUUGCGACCCUGUUGCUGAGUGGAAACUUGACAGCCAUUGUCAUUGCUGUGACUGUGGCCUUUGGUGUGCCCAUCCUGCUGCACUAUUUCUUUUACCGCGCCGCAGCAUCGCCGCCGUCAAGCAACUUUCUCUUGCUGGGGCCCAGUGGUGCGGGCAAGACCGCUUUCACCACCUUGCUCGAAGCCAAGUCUUCUCUAGCUUCCACAACAACUCCGAGUACACACACGUCGCAAACUUCCACGCUCAUCACGGUCACUCUACCUCCCAGCGUUCCAACCGCGUCCAACCGAUACCGAUCCGUCAAUGAUCCUUCUUUGAAGGAGGCCUCGCGCAACCCAAUCAAGUACCGGUUGCAAGACACUCCCGGCCAUGGCAAGCUUCGCGCAUCCCAAGGCAUUGCAGAGCUUCACACGAUGGCCACCUCGAGUGACAGCAAGAGCAAGCUUCGGGGGGUGAUCUUCAUGGUCGAUACUGCUGCACUGGUGGAUGAGGCGGUACUCCGCGAUACUGCUACAUAUCUCCACGACGUCCUUCUUGUGCUUCAAAAGCGGUCACUGGGCAAGGGCCGCUCAUCAACGAAACGGGCAGCUGAGAUUCCGGUUUUAAUCGCGGCAAACAAACAAGACCUCUUCACGGCUCUACCGCCGGGGUCGGUGCGAGAGAAGUUGGAGGCCGAGAUUGACCGGGUUCGUAAGUCCAAGACCAAGGGUCUGUUGGACGCGAGCAUGGAUAGCGCCGAAGUGGAUGAUGGUGAGGAUGAAGUUCUGGGCGACGAUGAUGCCCAGGGCGUCUUCACGUUCAGGCUCAUGGAAGACGUGGGUAUCAAGGUUGAUGUGACCGGCGGAGCUGUGAAGGGUGAUCCACAGGAGGCGGUGGGCUCUGGGGUGCGCCGAUGGGAAGAAUGGAUUGGCAUGUGUUUAUGA